AUGUUAAUAAAUUUUGUUUUUCAAUGUUUUGAACUUGAUACAACUGAUUUUGAUAAUGGUUUUGAUUCGAAUAUGUCAGCAUCAUCAUUACAAAUUAAUAAAAUUAUAAAUCGAAGUACAAGUCAUCCAGAUUUAUCACCAGUAUCAGUUAAUAAUAAAUCAAUAUUAUCACCACCAAAUUUUCCAAUUAUUGAUGAAGAUCAUUCAGCAUUUGUUCUUAAAGUUUAUCGAAGUGAUCAAUCAUUUAAAUAUUUUCCUGUACAUAAGGAAACAACAGCAAAACAAGUUGUCAUGUUAGCUAUAACUGAAUUUGGUAUUGUUGAUCCAAGCAGUUAUACAUCUUCUCGUGUAGAGUUUGAUCUACUCCGAUGUUAUUCAUUAUGUGAAGUAUCAGUUGAAAAUGGUGUUAUAAAACAAAAACGUUUACCUGAUCAUAUUGAUAAUUUACCAGAACGUUUACCAGUAAAUGGUCGUUAUUAUUUAAAAAAUAAUCAUUUAACUGAAACACUUGUACCUGAUCAUUUAUCACAUGAAUUAUUACGUGAAGCACGUAUUAAUUUUCUUCAAUUAGAUCCACUUGAAAUAUGUGCACAAUUAACAUUACGUGAUUUUGCAUUAUUUAAAUCAAUUCAACCAACAGAAUAUAUUGAUCAUAUAUUUAAAUUAAAAUCUUUAUAUGGUAUACCACAACUUGAAAAAUUUCUUAAAUUACCUAAUCAAGAAAUGUAUUGGACAAUAACAGAAAUUUUACGUGAAAAUAAUGUUAUACAACGUUCAAAAGUUAUUAAACAUUUUAUUAAAAUUGCAAAAAGUUGUAAAGAUAUGAAAAAUUUUAAUUCAAUGUUUGCUAUUAUUAGUGGACUUGAUCAUAAAAGUGUACAACGUUUACAAUCAACUUGGGAACGUGUAUCAGAUAAAUAUAAGAAAAUUUUUGAAGAACUUAAAUCUUUGCUUGAUUUAUCUCGAAAUAUGUCUGUCUAUCGAAAUUUAUUAAAAAAUGAAUUUGUUGUUCCACCUAUUAUUCCCAUGUUUCCGGUGUGUAUGAAAGAUUUGACAUUUAUACAUUUGGGAAAUCCAACACAAGAUGAUGGCUUAAUUAAUUUUGAAAAACUUCGUAUGAUUGCAAAAGAAAUUCGACAUAUAACAAACAUGGCAUCUUCUCCUUAUGAUAUUUCAAAUAUGUUCGAUUCACCAACAUCUCAUGCACAAGUAUUUGCUGGUUUUGGUCAUCAAUCAAUGACAGAUUCAAUUGCUACAAUACGAAGACAUCAAACGGGUAAUCGUGCAUCUAUUAUGGCAAAUGCUAGACGAAUUUAUGAUGAAGCAUUAAUGGUUAAAAAAGUAAAAACUUAUUUAAAUAAUGCUGAAAUAAUCGAAGAUGAAAAUCGUCUACUGGAUUUAGCCAAUCAAUGUGAACCAGUUGGAGUAGGAAGUACACCUGCAUCUCCAACGACUCCAUUUUCUAAACUUUCACUGGUUACUAAUGAUAAUGUAUUUGUUGUUGCGAGUACACCAGCAAAUUCAAGAGUAAAUAAUCAAAACAAUGAUGGUAUUAGAAAUGAAAAACCUAGUAUCGUUAUUACAAGCGAAGAAAUAAAUAAUAAUAAUAAUAAUAAUGCUCUUGUUCGACAACGUACAACUACACCGCCAACAACAUUUGGUGCUUUUAGAAGUGCUUUUUUUAAUGUCAGCACAAUUAAACGUCGUCCAUCACCAUCAACAUCAAGUUUAUCAUCAAAUUCAUCAUCUGAUCGUCGUGCUAGUUCUAUACAAUUAACGAAAUUUGGUACACAAUCACCGGAUGCUGUUAAUAAAUUACUUCGUCUAUCGGAUAGUAAUCAUCAAGUAAAAUCUCGUGCACCACAACGGCCAAGUCAUACAUCAACACAAUCUAGUCUUAUAACUACAUCACUACCAAAUUCAGCACCACCAAUAAUAAGUAGUGUAACAACAACAGGACUUUCAUCAUUAGCUGAACAACCUCAUCAUCAUCGUCAUACAACAAAAAUACGUGAUACAAAUAAAUUAACAAGUGAAAGUUCAAGUUUAAAUUUUAAACCACCUACAUCAACAUCACAUUCACAUCUUAUGCGAUCUCAUACUCAAUUACAUCAAACUAAUAGUGAUUCAGUAAAAGAAAUUGGUGGGGAUUCUGGACGUGGUAGUCUUAAUUCAACGGAUACUUGUGUUGGCGAUGGAAGUGAAAAAUCGACCAGUACAAUAGGCGAUGGAUUUUCAUCAGUUAGAAUUCGAAAUCGACCUCCAUUACCACAAUCAAAUUCUGUCACACCUGGAACUCGUCAUGAUAGUACACAAAUUCCAAAGACGGUGCAUAAUUGGUUUCAACGUUCUCAAUCAGAUAAUGAAGUGCUUACAGCUAAUGUACCUGAUCGAGGAAAUCUUCGUCGAACAGAUUCUCUAAGAAACGACAAUCGAUUACGACGAACAUGA